UAGACUGCUACCCACUCUUUGCUCUGUGCUCCGUGGCGCUCUGUAAGCAGAAGCUGCUCUCGGCUGCUGGUUUCGUGGGAAACAUUUCCGCUUCGAGCACAAGCAGACAUGGACGAACGCAAAACCAGCUGAUUGUUGGAACAAAACGGAGCCAUGAAACGCCAGCAAAGCGUCACGUUUUAGACGAGUACUUUGUGCGAUGUGAGCAGGAGGAUCGCGAUGCAGACUUCCCAGUUGUAGGUCGCAUGCGGACGUGAUGCCCAGGCGGGGGUUCCCCUUGCAGGGCCGGGUCCGCUGGCUCCUGCUGGCCCUCUUCCUGCUCCUGGUGCUGCUGCUAUUCGCCUACCUGCUGGAGUGCACGCCGCCGGCCGACGCCAGCCAGACGCUGCCCGGCGCGGCGGGCGAGCCCUUCGGCAGGGAGUACUACCAGGCGCUGCUGCAGGAGCACGAGGAGCGCCACCUGAGCCGCGCCUCCAGCCUCAAGCGGCAGAUCGCGCAGCUCAAGCAGGAGCUGCAGGAGAUGAGCGACAAGCUGAAGCUGAUGCAGGAGAAGAAGGAGCCGCUGGGCGUGCAGGGCCUGGGCGAGACCCGAGACCAGGAGCCCGGCGACCUGCUGGAGUUCCUGCACUCCCAGAUCGACAAGGCCGAGGUCAACGCCGGGGCGCGGCUGCCCAGCGAGUACGCCCUGGUGCCCUUCGAGAGCUUCACCUCCUCCAAGGUGUACCAGCUGGAGAUGGGGCUGACCCGGCACCCGGAGGAGAAGCCGGUCCGCAAGGACCGGCGGGACGAGCUGGUGGAGGCGGUGGAGGCGGCGCUGGACAUCAUCAACAACCCGGACGAGGAGGACGGCGUGGAGGAGGACGUCCCCAUGCAGAGGCAGACCUACGCUGACAGCCACUUUAUGGAAGGCCUGUACAGGACGGAGCGAGACAAAGGGACGCUCUACGAGCUUUUCUUCGCCAAGGAGGACUCCAGCAGCUUUCGACACGUCUCGCUCUUCCGGCCGUUCGGGCCGAUAAUGAAAGUCCGGAGCACAUCGGUGGAGACGCUGGGGAUGAUCAUCAACAUCAUCGUGCCGCUGGCGGGCCGAGUCGACACUUUCUCACAGUUCUUACAAAACUUCCGGGAGGUGUGUGUUCAGCGGGACAGGCAGGUCCAUCUCACCGUGGUUUAUUUUGGACAGGAAGGUCUGCAGGAAGUGAAGUCAUCACUCGAGAAAAUGUCCAGAGAGGAGACUUUCUCUAAUUACACUCUGAUCCCGGUGGACGAGGAGUUUUCUCGCGGCCGCGGUUUGGACAUCGGCGCCAAUGCGUGGAAGAACGGCGACAUCCUGAUGUUUUUCUGCGACGUGGACAUUCGUUUCUCCCUUGACUUCUUGAACACGUGCCGGCUCCACGCCGCUCCCAACAAGAAGGUUUUCUACCCAGUUGUGUUCAGUCUGUACAAUCCGGCCAUCGUUUACGGAAGCUUGGAGCUGGCUCCACCUAUUGAACAACAGCUGAUUCACAAAAAAGACGCUGGAUUUUGGAGAGAUUUCGGAUUUGGAAUGACCUGCCAGUAUCGCUCAGAUUUCCUAAACAUCGGCGGAUUUGAUCUGGAAGUGAAGGGCUGGGGCGUGGAGGACGUCCACCUGUACAGGAAGUACCUGCGGAGCGAACUGAUCGUGAUCCGGUCGCCGGUGUCCAACCUCUUCCACCUGUGGCACGAGAAGCAGUGCGCGGACGAGCUGACGCCGGAGCAGUACCGCAUGUGCAUCCAGUCCAAAGCCAUGAACGAGGCGUCGCACCCCCACCUGGGCAUGCUGGUCUUCCGGGACGAGAUCGAGGCCCACCUCCGGAAGCAGGCCUUCAAAACGCAGAGCAAGACGGAGGCCUGAGGAAGAGGAAGAGCCGCCGCCGACAUUCCCAAACGAGACUUAAAGCUGCAGUACGCAAUUUUAUUAAAAAUAGGUUUUACAUGUUUGAUAUGAGAAAGAUAAUCUGUGAAAAGAU